AUGGGCAAGUUAAGUGGAACAGAGGAAUGGCAGAGUUUGUCUUCUCAUGAACAGCUGCCUGAGAACUUUGUUCUUUCUAAGCCACUGGACUUUGAGAGGAUGGAAAGAGGAAGAAAAUGUGGCUUUCGUUUCAUGGAUCUGGAAGAUGACUUACAACUUGGGUCCUUUUCAAGAAUUAUUGGAGGAAGAAUGUCUGUGCCAGGAGGGCAACCAUGGCAGGUCUCCAUCAAGCGAGGCCGUUCUCAUUUCUGCGGUGGCAGCUUGAUUGGUGAUGAUGUGGUGGUCACUGCAGCUCACUGCGUUGUAGAUUUCGAUCUAAAAGUUGUGAAGAAUCUGAUUGUGACUGUUGGUGAGUUUGACCUCGGCAGUGGGGAUGAAGAAGAACAGAGUGUCCCAGUCUCUGAAAUUGUUGUCCAUCCUGACUUCAACAGAUUUGGGUAUAUGGAUUCAGAUAUAGCACUGCUGUAUUUGAAACAUCAGGUACAAUAUGGCUAUGAAGUACAGCCUAUCUGUCUUCCCCACAAGGAAGAUGUAUUUGAAGCCGGAACACUCUGCGUUGUGAGUGGAUGGGGCAAAACCUCUGAGGCUGGGUCCCUGUCAAACGUCCUACAGGAAGUGGAGCUCCCUAUCAUUGACAGCAUAACCUGCAGCGAAUUGCUGAAAACUUUAAAUUUGCCCCCAGGGCAGAGGUCCAUGCUGUGUGCUGGUUUUCCAGAUGGCGGAAGAGAUGCGUGCAAGGGUGAUUCUGGAGGGCCCCUGGCAUGUAGAAAAGCCAGCGGCAUCUGGACAUUGGUAGGCAUCACCUCAUGGGGAAUUGGCUGUGGAAAAGGCUGGCUUACUGACAAGAAGAUCAAUGGCAGUAGAGGUUCUCCAGGCAUUUUCUCUAAAGUGAAUGAGCUCCUGGAUUUCAUUAUUCAACAUAUGACCACUGGAGCUGGGCCAAGCUUUCUGCCUGCAUCCAGCCUAGAAGAGUGCAAUCCCCAUGGAACGCUGGUGUUUGGUGAAAGUGGCCUUGUUCGGUACCCCCGCCUGGCUGAAGACAACUACCUUGAUAAUAGCUGGUGCAUUUGGAACCUAACGGUAUCUGAAGAUAAAAUCAUCCUGGUGGAAUUUAUCAAACUAGACGUAGAAGAUGAGAUUGAAUGUGACCAUGACUAUGUUGCUUUCUAUUCAAGCGAGAAGGAAUUAAUUGGUAAAAUCUGUGGUGAUGUCUUGCCUUCCCCCUUGCUGAUAGAGUCGGACCAAGCCAUUGUUAUAUUUGUGUCUGAUGGCAGCAUUGGGGGCAGAGGCUUUGAAUUCACCUUCGGUGCUGUGCAUCCAGCAUCUGAAGCAGGCUCUGGCUGUGGCAGCGUUGCAAUGCUGGUGGAAGAAGGCAAGAUUGACACGGCUAAUUACCCUGGCUUAUAUCCCAGCAGCACAAAAUGCCACUGGCUCAUUGAAGCACCAGUGGACCGUGUCAUCAAGUUGGAGUUUGAAGACUUUGCGGUUGAAAUCAGCCAGGAUUGUAUUUAUGAUGCUGUUGUUGUUUAUGGUGACACUGAAGAAGAGCACCAGCUAGCUCUCCUGUGUGGUUUCUCAAUUCCGUCGCCUGUGUGGAGCCCAGGGAACAUCAUGCUGAUCCACUUCGAGAGUGAUGAAGAAAAUAACUUCAGGGGAUUCAAGGCCAAGUUCACUUUUUUCUCUUCAGAUAUCUGUGGUUUCCCACCCUUUGGUCCUCAGAGACUGUCAACACUCAUCAUUGGGGGAGAAGAAGCUUGUCCCCACUGCUGGCCCUGGCAUGUGAGUUUGCACUUUCUGGGAGAUUAUAGGUGCGAAGGUGCCAUCAUCAACUCGAUUUGGGUGCUCACAGCCGCUCAUUGUGUAACGAUAACAAAUAAUCCAUCAUAUUGGACUGUUGUUGCUGGAAACCAUGACAGAAUACUGAAAGAAGCUGCUGAGCAGGUGAGAAGAGUCGAGAGCAUUACGGUGCACCCGGCCUUUGAUGUCGCAAGUUAUGAUUCUGAUAUUGCCCUCGUCCAACUGCAAACACCUCUGAUCUAUAGUCCAGCAGUGAGGCCUGUAUGCCUGCCAAGUUCCAUGGAGCUGCUGCCCUCCUUUAUGCUUUGUACUGUGACUGGCUGGGCAAGUUUCCAAGAAGGUUAA